ACCUCUGGGCGCGCCCCAGAGCAGAGCUGCCCCUCCCCUCCAGGAAACCUCUGGGCGCGCCCCAGAGCAGAGCUGCCCCUCCCUUCGGAGGGUCUCUAGGCGCACACUUAUGAUGUCACUGCGACCGGCCAAUCCUGUAACACCUUAGCACUCUCCCUCAGCAUUCUCCGGUAUGCUAAUUGUCCCUCCGAACCAACCAAUCCCGUGCCACCUCUGCAUUUUAUACCAGCACUCUCCACCAGCAUUCUUCGCCAGCAUUCUCCCAUAUGCUAACGGUCCCUCUGAACUGACCAAUCCUAUGCAUGCGUUAGGAAUAUGCUAAUUCGUUGCCUAUAUAACCUGUGUAAAACUGCCGCUCAAUGCUCCUCACUGCCUGAGGUGGGGGGCCCGUUUGUGCAAACGUACAAUAAAUACCUCAUGCUUUUUGCAUCAGCUGGUUUGGAGUCUGGGUUUUUGGGCGUCCUCUCGAGCAAGUGGGCAUCUCUGCAACUGAGAGGUCCAACAUUUUUGGCGCCCAACGUGGGGCUCGAGGUCGCCCUCAGACCCAUUCUCUGCGGACCAGUUGGAGGUAUAAUUAAGUGUUUUCUGUCUGUUGUUGUCUUCGUCUUGAGUAUUCUGACUGGCCAGUAUCUGACCUGACUCUGUGGGACCAGUGGGGGAGGCAGGCGUGCCCAGCAACCCUUGGCCCGUUACCCGGAGGACGCUCCGGGUUAUGAGGGGAAACCCUCGGUCUGUUCCCCCGGAAGACGCACUCGGGGUGGUCUGGAGGUGGGUCGGAGACUAAGUCUCCCUCCUUCCCGGGGAGGGCUGGUCAGGCAGCCGCUCCCAAAAAUAGCGCAAUAGCGUUCGAUUUGUCCUAGCCAUGUGUUUUGUCUUGCUUACUGUAUAUGUCUGUGCAAUGGUUGUUCUUUUUGUUUGGGCUGAAAUCCUUAUACGCAAGGGUCAACAAAUAACCACCCCUUUAAGUCUCACUCUAGAUCACUGGAAGGACGUUCGAGAACGCGCGCGCCACCUCUCAGUGGAGGUUAAAAAGAAACAAUGGGCAAGAUUCUGUUCCUCAGAGUGGCCGGCCUUCGAGGUCGGCUGGCCAAGGAACGGCACUUUUAACCUCGAUAUUAUUUUACAGAUUAAGGAGCGCGUCUUUCGGCCAGGAUCCGAUGGACACCCUGAUCAGGUGGCCUACAUUACCACGUGGGAGGAUCUUUCACGUAACCCCCCUCCCUGGAUAGAACCCUUCUUCCCGACGGAGCCCAUACGGACCCCGAUACCCCCUCCUCCUAUCCCGGUUGUACCAACCUCCUCCCUAUUCCCUCUGAAGGAGAUUCGAGGUCCAAAACCUGACAAGCCACCGGUUCUUCCGGCUGAUCAGGACUUUCUGCUCCUUGACUCUCCCCCACCCUAUCUUCCCAGCCAACCUGCUCCCCCGCAGGAACCCCCACUACAACCAGAGCGGGAUGUGCAGCCUUCUGCACCAUCCCCUGAUUCCACGAGGGAAGGGGAAGAAGUCUCAGCGCCUUCCCCGCCCUCCAGCCGCCUGCGCCUCCGUCGGGGGCAGGCAGGGGGCUCGGGAAGCGUCUGGACUUCGCAGGCUUUUCCUCUUCGCUCGGUGGCUGGCCAGAUGCAGUACUGGCCAUUCUCUGCUUCCGAUCUUUACAAUUGGAAAACCCAUAACCCCUCUUUCUCUCAAGACCCCCAGGCUCUGACUGGGCUGAUCGAGUCAAUUUUAUUGACUCAUCAGCCCACCUGGGAUGAUUGUCAGCAGCUUCUGCAGACCCUCCUCACCACUGAGGAAAAGCAGCGCGUCUACCUCGAGGCACGGAAAAACGUCCCUGGAGCAGAUGGCCGACCGACCCUACUGCCAAACGAAAUCGAGGAGGCGUUUCCCUUAACCCGUCCUGAUUGGGACUACACCACCGUUGCUGGUUACAGGCCCGGUUGAGAGCGCUCCAGAUCAUCCAGAACCAGGUCUGGAAACCUCUUGCAGCAGCCUACCAACCCAAGACGACAACUAUCCCACAUCCUUUCCAAAUCGGUGAUGCCGUGUAUGUCCGAAUCUAAAACUCUAGAGCCCCGGUGGCAAGGCCCUUUCACUGUGCUGUUGACAACUCCCACCGCUCUCAAGGUCGAUGGAAUCGCUGCUUGGGUCCACGCCUCACACGUGAAGCGAGCACUACCCCCCCAGGGCCCCGAGGAUCCGGAUAGACCAGCCAAAUGGAAGCUCCAGCGCACUCAGAACCCGCUCAAGCUAAGACUUUCAAAAACUGUUUAAUAUUUGUGAUGUUUCUGGCCUUUCCCCAUUGUUUUUCCAAUCCCCAUGCUCCACAAUUGUUAACGCGGGAAGUAAUUUCCCCCACAGGACGGGUGGCCUGGUCUGUUAGUGGUUACAUACCCCCAGGGCAUGGUGGCCCACCUUAUACCCAAACGUAUGUCAACUGGUUACUGGGUUAGAUACCUGGGAUGUACCUGACCAAAAUAAUUUGACAAAAAUCCCUAAAAAUAGUCUUAACUAUUGGGGCGUGUAUGGCUCCCAGUCCCCAGU